AUGUACAAAGAUGAUUUGAGUAAUAAUAUCGAGGAGAUCGGCGUGUUGGAUCCCGCUUGUGUUAUCGAAACGGGCGCAUCCAAUUGGCUUCCUGCUACGAAUCCGCCAUCGUCUUGCUCGAGCCACAACAUCACUGGUAACCAGGUGUACCAAGAGCGUGUUUGUUUUGUUGUUAGUGCAAGAGACGGCAUGCUGUGUGUUGAGAAAGCAUACGUUCGUUUAAUGAGGAUGACUGCAGAGCUGUUGUUACUCAAAUCCAUCCAUGUCGAUGGUGCUUGGCUAGGUAGUACAAGGCAAUUUCAUGGUAAGCAAUCUGAUAUACUCAAGACUGGUAACAAUAUUGCAUCUUGA